AUGUCCAACCGAACCAGCAUGACCGAGUUCCUUCUCCUGGGAUUCUCUGAGGUUCGGGAGCUGCAGAUUUUACACUUCCUGCUGUUUCUAGGGAUUUACCUGGUUGCCCUGACAGGGAAUCUCCUUGUUAUCACCCUUGUAGUGCUCGACCCCCUCCUUCAUACCCCCAUGUACUUUUUCCUGGUGAAUCUGUCCAUCCUAGACCUCGGCUCCAUCUCCCUCACUGUUCCCAAGUCCAUGGCCAAUUCCCUGUUGAACACCAGAUCGAUUUCUUAUGCUGGAUGUGUCACCCAAGUCUUUCUCUUCAUCUUCUUCACCGCGGUUGACUUUGGUUUUCUCACCAUCAUGGCCUACGACCGGUAUGUCGCCAUCUGCAAGCCACUGCACUAUGAGACUAUAAUGAACAGGAGAGCUUGUGUCCAAAUGGCAGCCAGUGCCUGGAUCACUGGGGUUCUCCUUUCUACACUGCACACCGGGAACACAUUUGCAAUAACUUUCUGUGGAGGCAACACGGUGGGUCAGUUCUACUGUGAAAUCCCCCAGCUCCUCAAGCUCACCUGCUCCGACCUGUACCUUGGCAUAAGCUGCUUUGGUUUCAUAAUUGUGUCGUAUGUUCAGAUCUUCAAAACGGUGCUGAGAAUCCCCUCUGGGCAGGGCUGGCAUAAAGCCUUCUCCACCUGCCUGCCUCACCUCACUGUGGUCUCCUUGUUACUUUGUACUGCUGUUUUUGCUUACGUAAACCCCGCCUCCAGUUCUCCAUCAGGGCAGGUUCUUGUGGUGGGUGUACUUUAUUCUGUGGUGCCUCCAAUGAUGAAUCCCAUCAUCUACAGUGUGAGGAAUAAGGCAAUCAAAGGUGCCUUGAAGAAACUGACUGGGUGGAGGUUAUUCACCAAGAACACAAUGUCUGGCUUUCUCCCAUGA